UUGCUUAGCUUCCUCUUCAUAAGACGGGUAAGCGCCCUUCACGCCCUCAUUCGUUUCUGAGAAGCAACGAGACAUCAUCAUGCCCGAGCCAGCAAAGUCAGCGCCCAAGAAGGGUUCUAAGAAAGCCGUCACCAAGACCGCAGGGAAGGGCGGCAAGAAGCGCAGAAAGUCCAGGAAGGAGAGUUACGCCAUCUACGUGUACAAGGUCCUGAAGCAGGUCCACCCCGACACCGGCAUCUCCUCCAAGGCCAUGGGAAUCAUGAACUCGUUCGUGAACGACAUCUUCGGAGCGUAUCGCCGGAGAGAGUCCUCUCGCCUGGCCCACUACAACAAGCGUUCUACCAUCACCUCCAGGGAGAUCCAGACCGCCGUGCGUCUGCUACUCCCCGGUGAACUUGCCAAACACGCCGUGUCCGAGGGCACCAAGGCCGUAACCAAGUACACCAGCUCCAAGUAAACAGCGCAUUUGGACUGCUCUACUAACCCAAAGGCUCUUUUAAGAGCCACC